AUGCCCUCUAUUAUAUGUCCGCGGAGCGCGCGCGUUUUCCUGCCCCUCCAACCAGUAAAGAGGCUUCGAGCAGCGCAGAGGAGGGCGGCCCACUCGCAGCUUCCUCCGCGAUUUGAAAAACGUUUCUCCAAUGAGCAGCGCGAGAUUCGAGGGGGCUCGCUCCCCCCUGCGGGACUGAGCUCCAGACGCGAACUAAGCAGAACUAAGCAGACCGCUCGUAAGUCCACAGGAGGCAAAGCCCCCAGGAAGCAGCUGGCCACCAAGGCUGCCCGUAAGAGCGCCCCGGCCACCGGCGGCGUCAAGAAGCCCCAUCGUUACAGGCCCGGUACCGUGGCUCUCAGAGAGAUCCGUCGUUACCAGAAAUCCACCGAGCUGCUCAUCCGCAAGCUGCCCUUCCAGCGUCUGGUCCGUGAGAUCGCUCAGGACUUCAAGACCGACCUGCGCUUCCAGAGCUCCGCUGUCAUGGCUCUGCAGGAGGCCAGCGAGGCUUACCUGGUCGGUCUCUUCGAGGACACCAACCUCUGCGCCAUCCACGCCAAGAGGGUCACCAUCAUGCCCAAAGACAUCCAGCUGGCCAGAAGGAUCCGCGGAGAGAGAGCUUAAUCUGUCUACUGCUCCAAAACAACCACAACGGCUCUUUUAAGAGCCACCA